AUGUCUCGACGCGCCAACCCGACCCAGGCUGCUCAGAACCAGCAGAUUAUCAAGAAUCUCCUGAAACUCGAGUCCAACAAGAUCUGUGCCGACUGCAAGCGCAACAAGCAUCCACGAUGGGCGUCUUGGAAUCUGGGUAUUUUCGUCUGCAUUCGGUGCUCGGGCAUCCAUCGGGGCAUGGGCACGCACAUCAGCCGCGUCAAGUCGGUCGACCUCGAUGCAUGGACCGAUGAACAAUUGCAGAGUGUCCUAAAAUGGGGCAACUCAAGAGCCAACAAGUAUUGGGAAGCGAAGCUGGCGCCGGGCCAUGUCCCGGCAGAAGCGAAAAUCGAAAACUUCAUCCGCACGAAGUACGACUCCAAGCGAUGGGUCAUGGACGGGGGGAUGCCCGAUCCUUCCACUCUUGAUGACGGCGAUGAUGUGGUGAGUGCCUGCCUGUACCGACAAAUCAAGAAAGAGCAGAAAAAACUGACCUGCCAGCCUCUUGCGGUUGUACAGCAACAGGCAAAGAUUGAACGUUCUGCUUCGCAACGAAUGACAUCCCCGAACCAGCCCGCCGUGCGCCGACAGCAACCCUCGAUCGACCUGUUCGGUGACGAUCCUAUCGCUCCACCGGUGCGCCCCAGCACGACCGAACCGUCCGCUCGCGCGCAGCCGAGACAAGCACCUCCCACACAACCGAAGGCUCAAAAACCAGGCGAUUCGUUGCUUGGACUGGACUUCUUUGGAAGCACUCAGGCGGCCGCCGGCAGUCGCCCGAGUAGCACUGCGUCAACGCCUGCUGCCCCAACCGGAAUGUCUCGCCCCGAUCUGAAGCAGUCUAUUCUGUCCUUGUAUUCGAAGCCGCAGCCGCCUCCUCCCACCCAGCAUGAGCGGAACAAUUCCUUCGGCGAUAUGGCUUCUCCUACAGGUCCUUCCGCAUCCUCAAACAUGGGUGGCUUGACAGACGCUUUCAGUGGACUGAGUUUCCCAUCUUCGACCACCUCUCCGCCUCCCAGACCAGCAGAGAAGCCAGCACCUUUCGCCAAUCUCUCCAACUUUGGCAAUGUCAAGUCCAUGCCGGCCACGCCCAAGGUUACCUCGCCUUCUGACACUGCUGGCGGAGACCUUUUUGGUAGCCUGACCUCCCCUACCAUGUCUGCCCCGAAGCCACAGUCCAGAACAACUUCGAUCUCUUCGAAUGGGCAAGACCACGGAUUCGGCGGAUUCGGCGGAUUCGCGUCUCCUCCCGCCAAGCCCAACCCUCCAUCCAUCCCCUUGUCAAACGAUCUAUUUGGCCUCUCCUCUCCCCCGCCUGCGCCUGCGGCCGUUUCUUCGCCGCCCCCACAACCCAAGGCUCCAUCUCCGCAGCAAGAAAUGAAAUCGGCAUUCAACCUCUCCAGCCCCGUGAUGCAGCCCUCUGCGCCUCCCACGCAGACAUCUUCCACCAAGGCGCCCGCCAGUAUGUUCCCAGCGAGCAUCGACCCAUGGGGUGGUAAUGAAUGGAACACGCCUGAUCCUGCACCGAUGCCGGCUCCCGCCCCGACCGCCGCCCCAUCCGCCGCAUCGAUGAUGAAGGUCCCCGACACAUUGACCGCCAACGACAUAGGAUCAGGCUGGGGUGCACCGUCCAAGCAAACCCCCACCGUCGCAGCAGAUGAGGACUUCGGUGGCUGGACCAGUGCCGCCCCAGUCUCCUCAAACACCACGACGACCACCACGAACAACAUGUCCAGCUCAACCAAGCCGGCGGGCGGGUUUGGCGGCAAUGACGACCUUUUCUCCAACGUCUGGGAGUAA